AUAAAAUCUGCUAUCAUUUUAGCCAUUGAAGAGAGAGAAAAACAGAAAAUGGAGAAUAUCACAGCAAGUGAAAUUGCAGGUUUAGGGGUUGGUGCUUUCCUCCUUUGUGCCACUAUUGCUGCCCCUAAAGUUGAUGCCUUUAUCUCCUCUUCCCAAAGAAGUUCAUUGAAGAUGUGCAAGAGAUGUGGGGAUGUAAAGCUGAUAGCUUGCAAAAAAUGUAAAGGGUCCGGAUUAGUCAAACCGGGUGGAUUAUUUGGAUUGAAUAAUCCAAUGGAUGAUUUAGUUUCGAGUCGAUUCGAAUCGAAUGAGAGUUCAAUACCUUGUGUUAAUUGUGGAGCUAAAGGCCAUUUUCCUUGCCCUCAAUGUUACCAAGCUUCUAAUGAAUCACAAUAAGAUUAUUAUUUGAUAUCAAUGUAAAUUAUGGAGUAUAAUAGUUUAUAAUGAUACAAAAGUUUGUCCCUUGUUUUGAAUUAGAACUUACAAGAUUUUCUAUGAUAUAUUUACUUUGUAUGUUGGUUUA